AUGCAUGAUGCCAGGUGCACCACCAAGCCAACGCCGCCAAGCAGAUGGUAUCCUUCUAUCGCAUAUUUUUACCUCAUUCUUCCAAAGAUAAUGUCAUCUACCACAUCCACAAAUCUUCUGGAGAAUCCCUACGAUUCCAACGUCGUCAAUUUGAUGUCCAUCCUUAUGAAGUCAUCUCAAUCACUUCCAACACCUCCAGACACUCAUACUGACGGAUCCAUUUCUCCAGAUUCGACAGCGUCCGACUGUUCGGAUAGUGCAGGACCACCAGCAAAAAGACGUAGAAAGCCAGAAACAAAAGACAUCGUUCGUGUCUCAGAAGGAGAGCUUCAUCUUCAACCGACGUGCUCAUCAUCAGACACCGAAACUCCGAAUAAGGAGAAUCAGAAGGAGGACGAGAUGACUUGUGACACAACCACAGCAACCACAUCUCCGGAUAUAAAGACAAACGAGCAGACCGCCGAAUCGGCAGAUGUCGUCACCUCCUCUUCAUCAAUUGCGUCGUCGAACAGUGGCAUUCCGUCGUUCCUCUACUCACAGUUCUUGACGCCUUCAUUUCAAAAGCAUCUCGAAAUUUUGACAUCUGGAAACUUUACAUCACAACACUCGGAAACGUCACCAUCUGAUGUCGAAUCGUUGACAUCUUCUGAUGGUGGUGUCGUGGCAGCUCAGACGUCGUCGUGCUCAUCGUCGUCAAAGAGCCCACUCAAUAUGAUGAUGGUUUCGUCGGAUUUUCCAAAGUCACCAAUUUCGGCUUCGACUCCACCACAUUCGGGAUCAGAGACUUGUGGAUCUCGUGUCAUGUCUCCAUUGAAUCAGACAAGCCUCACCGAUGAGCUCUCAAUCUCCACCACCCCAACCAUCCCAUUCACUCCAAAUGGAUCGAUUCCAUCACCAGGAACCGGCUACUCAUGGAGCAUCAGACGUGAAGGAAAACUGGCUUGUCCAACUCCGGGAUGCGAUGGAUCCGGUCAUCAAACUGGCCUCUACACCCAUCACAGAAGUUUGUCCGGAUGUCCGCGUCGACCAGACAAGAAUGUGAUUCAAAUGCUUGCUCUUCGUCAAGAAACGGUGCUUCGAUGCACAACGGCCGGAUGUUCAGGAAAGGGACAUGUCAAUGGAAAUAGAACAUCGCAUCGAAGUUUGUCCGGAUGUCCGAUUGCUCAUCAGGAAAAAUUAGCUAGAAAGGGACUCAAAGCAACACCAAAUCGUACAAAAACUCCACCAAAGGGAAUCAAUUUGGGAGAUGAAUGUCCAUUGGAUUUGACGUUGACUGGUCUUCCAGCUGGACUUUCUACUCAGCAAUUGUUAGCUGCUGCUCAAGCUGGAUUCAUUCCAUCUGGACAAGUCAUGGAUGUUUUCCUGAAGCAAUUUGCUAAACCACUAGCCACACUUGAGGAGGAAUCCAAGAAAGAGAAUGAAAUGGAAAUCGAUGUGGAAACAACAACUGAUGAGAUUCCAGUUCUUGUCAAAGAAGAUCCAGUGAAGUGUGAUUCUCCAGCUGUAGUAGUUGCUCCGAUUCCCGAAGUUCCAUCGACUCCAACUAAAGUGGCUCCUGCUCCUGCAGAAGUGAAGAUGUCGCCAUCUUCCCUACUUCUUGGAAUGCCUGGACUCUCUGAGACUCUUAUGAAAAUGACCGGACCACAACAACCGGUCCAGUUUCCACAGUUCCACUCGCCACAAACUGCUUAUUUCGGGAAUCAGAACGCCCUUCUCGCUCAGCUGAUGUUGGCACAAUUUCAAUCCCAACAGGGAUUCUAA